UGGCCCAGGGCCCAGAAGCGGGAGUCUAACCCCACCAGGGCGGGUCGGGAUAGUCUGCAGCCUCCCGGCCUCCGCUGCCUUUCGUGUAUGGGCGGGUGCGCGCGCAAAGAUUGCGCCCAGCGCUCGCUGCAAGAGGCAGAGACGGGCAGGACAGGGCAACUCCCCCCCGUCUCAAAGCCGGAUAUAUAGUGUCAGUGGCUGGAAGAGGAGGAGAGAAGCGGUUUGGUGCCCUCCCCACCCCCGGUGCCUAGAGUUGCUUGUGAUCGGGAGGCGAGGGAAGCGUUCUGGAGUCGGGAAUUGAUCGGAAACGAUUCAACUGUACAUGCAAUCGCCUGAAUAUACAUGCAUAGAAUUGGGAAUGCAAGUGGUGAAUAAUCACAAAAGGCUAGAUUCUUCCAUCCUUGCUCACAGAACCUCCUGCAGGAAGUCAGAAGGAGGACAGAGAGAGAGCGCACCAUGUCUUCAAUUGCAGCUUAUUACAAUGGAAAGACUGUACUCAUCACAGGAGCCACAGGUUUUAUGGGCAAAGUACUGAUGGAAAAGCUGCUGCGCUCCAGCCCUGAUGUGGAAGCUGUUUAUAUCCUCGUGAGGCCAAAGGCAGGACAAUCAAUGCAGGAGAGAGUGGCAAAUAUGGUGAAAUCUAAGGUCUUUGACAGAGUCCGGGAAGAUUGCCCUAACUUCCAGGAGAAGAUUAAGCCCAUUAAUGCAGAACUCACUCAGCCAAAUCUGGCCAUCAGCGCCAAGGACUCACAGGAGCUCCUGUCCCAGGUCAAUGUUGUCUUCCACUGUGCAGCAACAGUUCGCUUUGAUGAGCCACUGAAACAUGCCCUGCUGCUGAAUGUCAUGGGCACACAACAGCUCUUAUUGCUGGCCCGGCAGAUGCAGAAGCUCGAGGCCUUUAUCCACAUCUCUACUGCCUAUGCAAAUUGUAAUAAGAGAAAUAUAGAGGAAGUCAUCUACCCACCACCUGUUGAGACCAAGAAGCUCUGCGACUUAGUGGAGUGGCUGGAUGAAUCUAUCAUUCAAGAGAUCACACCUAAGCUGAUUGGGGACUGGCCCAAUACGUAUACCUACACCAAAGCCUUGGCAGAGUACCUGGUCCAGCAAGAGAAAGAGCACUUCAACAUUGCCAUCAUCAGGCCAUCCAUCGUGGGAGCCAGCUGGCAUGAGCCUUUCCCAGGUUGGAUUGACAACUUCAAUGGAGCAAGUGGAAUGAUUAUUGCGUCUGGCAUCAUGGUGGCUCCAACGGCUGGUAAAGGGAUUCUGCAAACUGUCAAAGUCAAUAAUGAUGCAGUAGCAGAUCUGAUUCCAGUAGAUGUCGUCAUCAACCUCAUGCUAGCAGUUGGGUGGUACACGGCAGUUCACAGACCAAAAACAGUGAUGGUGUACAACUGUACAACAGGUGGAAUCAACCCUUUCUGCUGGGGAGAGAUAGGAUACCAUGUCAUCUCCACAUUCAAAAGGAACCCCCUUGAGCAGACCUUCAGAAUACCCAAGGCUCAGAUGACCUCAAACCACCUGAUAAACCAGUACUGGAUAACUGUCAGUCAUAAAGCUCCAGCCAUGCUCUAUGACUUCUACUUGAGAUUAACAGGAAGAAAGCCCAGGAUGAUGAAGAUCUUCAAUCGGCUGCACAAGUCUAUGAUGCUUCUGGAAUAUUUCACCUGUCAGUCCUGGGAGUGGUCUUCAGAAAAUAUGAACAUGUUAAUGACCCAGCUCAGUCCAGAGGACAGGAGAUUAUUCAACUUUGAUGUGCGUCAGCUGCAUUGGUCGGAAUACAUUGAAAAUUACUGCAUAGGCGCGAAGAAAUAUUUGCUGAAUGAGGACAUGUCUGGGAUUCCUGCAGCAAAGCAGCACUUACGAAAGCUAAGGAACAUCCAGUAUGCAUUCAACACCACCCUCCUUGUGAUCAUCUGGCGCAUUUUCAUUGCAAGGUCGCAGAUGGCUCGCAACAUCUGGUACUUCGUUGUGAGCCUCUGCUAUAAGUUCCUUUCCUAUUUCAGGGCAUCAAGCACCCUCAGGCACUGAAAUAGUCAGUCAGCGGCCAAAAGGACCUUCCUCUCCUCUAAACAGCAUCUGUGGGCAUCUGGGCUUGAAAGUAGCAGGGAAUCCACCACCACCAACAGCUGCCUGUAGUCAUGUGUCCUGUUACUAUGACCACUAUUAUCUUUUUACUAACGCUUUAAUAUGCAAUCUUUCUUCCAUAGGACCAUGCUAAUUUUAAAGCUAUAACUGAAGCUUUAGGCAUGGGUUAUUCUGAGUUUUUUGUCUAGAUUCUGGUGUGCAAGAGGAUGGAUUAACCAAAGCUGCCAUCUUUCCAUCCAAAGUCUAAGAACUAGACACUCUCAUCCCCACCUCCCUCCUUAAUAGUUGCAAAUUUUAAAGGAAUAGAAAUUAGGAAAGGAAUAUGAUAAGACAAGGAAAUAGAGAAAUAAAUCAGUGAGAGGUUUUCUUAAAUGCAAUUCACAAGUUUAGCUCAAUGAAACCAAUAGGGCCAAAUACCUUAUUAGAUUGUGAAACCACAUAUUCUAUGUCACUCAGACCUAAAGGAAGUAAGAAAAAGUAAACUGUGGAAGGCUGAUAAUGUGGUUUAGAUCUCUAUCUCAGGUUGCCAAGGACUGAUUCUUUCAAGCCUUGAUUGAUGAGAUAUACAGAAGCCGUGUACAUUUUUUAUCAGCAUGAACACACACACAAGUGACUUUACUAGGGAGAAGCAUUAAUCUCUCUAUAAUUUGUCUUCCAUUAAAAAACCCUCUUUUAUCACCACUAUAGCUUUUGCUUGGAAAAUUUAUGUGGCCUGAGAGGAGUUGUAUUUACUCUCAACAUGAAGGAGAAUGCUUGUUCAAACCUUGAAGAAAAUAAAGAUAUUUUUGACUCAGUCAUUUAAAAAAAAAGAUCACUGUGCUUUGAAAUUCUGAUUUUUGGCUAACAUUUAUUUUGUCUAGCUGAAAAACAGCUUGUUACUCCCCUUUCAAAACUUUCCCUAUAGUUAAAUUCCCCUGAAAAUUCAUGCACCCAUUUUGUUGAAGUGUAAUUAAGCAAAGUUAGUAACCGUGUUUUGUUAUGGAUCAUGCAUCCCGAUCUUGCUCCCAUUGCUGUCAGUCUGAGUAAUGGGCCCAGUCCUGUUUUCAGGGAUGACAAUAGACAUUUUUCAUUGACUUCUGUUGGAGAGGGAUUGCAUGUGAUAUAUAAAGAGCAUAGUGCUCUAUCAAUGUGCUGCAGCUUAGAAGGCAGACAAGGAGUUGCAACUAGGAUCCCAUUGAAAGGCUGAUUUUUAGUACCAAAAAAAUCCCCCACAUUAUUAAGCUUUCAGUUUUUAAAUGAUUAAGUCUCAUUGACAACUGGAACAUUUUCUUUACAUUUAGUGAAUUGAGUGAGCAUUUGUUAAGUUUAAAAGACUUUAAAAUGACUCCUUUUUAAAG